AUGCAAAAUACGGGUCUCCUUUUGUGUCCUCGUUCUUACAUCAAGGACUGUCAAACUAAACGUGCCGAGGAUGCGCUGGUGAAGGCGAAGGCUAACGUCGCAUCGGAGGAGGCUGUCCAGUUGGUGGAGCGGGCCAUGGAAUUGCUGAAGUCCAAACACUCACUCCGACCCCUUACUGGGGUCUACGACUACAUUCCCUUCGCGAAAGAGUUCAUGCGUCUUAUUUUGAGACAGUUACAGACAGCCCUCCUCCUUCCCCUCCCCCUCUUCCCUGUUUCUCCCUCUCUCCUCAUCCACCUCCCCCUCCACCUUUUCCUCUCCCACCACAAUUUGCCUCUUCUUUACUCCUUCACCCUCCACCUACUCGUAUUCACUCGCCUACUACGCUUUCCCCUCUUCCUUCCCUUCUACCUAAUCACCCUCUCCCUCCUCCCUUUUCCGAUCCCCGUCACCUCAGGCUCCUUAUCUCCAGAAAAUUAG